UGAAGUAGAUACACACGGAGCUAUUAAAGCAAAGAAAAGAUGCUACUCCACGGGAUUCAAACAAUAAAACAAACAAGAAGAAGUGUGGAAAAACUUUGCCUAACUGUACCCAAAGUUUGAUAGUCUAUAAGCCGAAUCACUUGUCCACAGUUUGGCAUUGUUUUAUCUCCACUUGCUACUUGACGCGGUUUUUCUUCAUCUUUUUUUUUUUCCUCUCUUUUCUGGAGAAGUCCAGACUAAUGAAUUCACCGAAAAAAGACGGAUAUGAUGAUGUUGUACCCGUUAAAGACCCGGUGAAAUACGGCGAAUUGGUCAUUUUAGGGUACAAUGGCUCUCUCCCGAGCGGAGACCGUGGACGCAGAAAGAGUCGAUUCGCUCUGUACCGAAGGGCCAAGGCCAACGGUGUCAAACCCAGUGCUGUGCACAUCCUCAACACCCCGCAGGACAGCAAGGUUGUCCACAGUAGGGGGCAGCACAGCAUCUCCUUCACUCUGUCCCGUAACCAGACGGUGGUGGUGGAGUACUGCCAUGACAACAAUACAGACAUGUUCCAGAUUGGUCGCUCCACGGAAAGCCCCAUUGACUUUGUGGUGACCGACACCUCCGGAGGGGGGAAGGAGGGAGAGGACCCUUCCAUUGCUCCCAGCACCAUCUCGCGUUUUGCCUGUAGAGUUGUGUGUGAACGCAACCCACCCUACACCGCACGCAUCUACGCCGCAGGCUUCGACUCAUCCAAAAACAUCUUUCUAGGGGAAAAAGCGACCAAAUGGAAGAACCCUGAUGGGCACAUGGAUGGCCUGACCACCAAUGGGGUGUUAGUAAUGCACCCAGAAGGGUUCCCAGAGGACCCCAAGCAGGGUCUCUGGAGAGAGAUCUCUGUUUGCGGGGAUGUUUACGCCCUACGGGAGACACGCUCUGGACCCAGCAGGGGCAAGCUGGCAGAGGGGGAGAGCAGCGCGCUGCGUGAUGGCUCCUUGGUUGACCUGUGCGGAGCCACCCUGCUGUGGCGGACAGGUGAGGGACUCCUGCGUGCUCCCACCCUGCGUCACCUGGAAGCUCUUCGCCAGGAGCUGAAUGCGUCACGGCCCCAGUGCCCCGUAGGCCUCAGCACACUGGCCUUUCCUAGCCUGCCACGUAGCCACAGCCUUGAAGAACGCCAGCCCUGGGUCUACCUCGCCUGUGGUCAUGUUCAUGGACACCACGACUGGGGUCAGAGGUCUGAGGGACAGGAGGAGCAAAGGGAGGUGGAGGGCUCCGUAACUCAUCGAGAAUGCCCCCUGUGCAGGAGCGUGGGCCCUUACGUGCCGCUGUGGCUAGGGGGCGAGCCUGCCAUGUAUGUUGACGCCGGCGCGCCGACUCAUGCUUUUGUUCCGUGUGGCCACGUGUGUUCAGAGAAGACAACCAGGUACUGGGCUGAGACCCCACUGCCCCACGGAACCCACGCCUUCAGACCCGUGUGUCCCUUCUGCUCCACUGCUCUCAGCUGCCCCGGGUGGAUGCGUCUCAUCUUUCAGGGCCCCAUCGACUAGCCUCAAUGCAUCAGGCGCUGUCACACCAACAUGAAAAACACCUGAACUGCAUUCGUAUUACAAACGUUGAACAUCAGUCUGUAAGCAAAGGUCAUUAAUUGGAAGCAUUUGGAACUUUUUAUAUUUUAACAAAGGUUGUUUCAUUGCCAUUUGACCCACCGGAGUGCACAAGACACAUUCUUUAGUUUACAACAAAUGCUGUCUGACAUUGUCUUACUGAAUGCAGUCCAGGGCAGAAGAUUCUUUCCCCUUGUUUGUCCUUUGAUGCUUGAUGAUCAUAUUUGGAUCAGGAGGGUAGGAACAUGACAGAGGAGACAAAAUAAUAUUUAGUCUGGUUUGACCUGCACUAGACCUGCACUAGAUUUUACUUAUAACCCCACAUUCAACAAGAUUUGUGAUCAUGUACUAUAUUUUCCAGCGUAUCAGUCGCUUUUAUUUUUUGCAGUUCCUGCAACAUUUCCUCUGUGGCAACUUACAAAACGGGAAAAUCAAAUCGACUCUGGUUUUUUGUACUCUUUCCACACUGCAUCAGAUAAUAUCCAGAAUGUUGUCCAUCAUGCUUGUUUUUGGAAUUUAACAGUCCUUCUGGUACACACCACAAGCUGAGGCCUUCUUGCAUACAUCCACUGUUUGCAUGUUCUUGUGGGCCAGCAAUCCAUGUUCAUCUGUCCAUUUUCUUUUGCCCACUUGGCAUUAAAUAACACGCAAUGUCUUGUUUAUUUGUCCACCUUGCUUAUUUUGGAAUUUCAAAGACCUUAUGUUACGUAACAGCACAGGCUAUGGUGUUCACAUGUGCUACACUUAGUUCUUCUCUGUUAAACUCACCCACAGGGAAAUGUUGUAUUUAAAGAGUAAGUUCUACAUACAGAAAAUAGGUGCAACUUGUACUCUGGAAAAUAUGGUACAUGAACCACUUUAUCAAACGUCCCAUAAUUCUAAUAACACAAUAAGAAAUAUCCAGGCAUAUAGACCUGUCUAGAAGCCAUGUAUGAGAUGACGAUAAGCUUUUUGCACAUAAAUUAUAAAUGCACUGUUUACCUGCUGCAACUUCAUGCAUUAAUCAUCAUUUGAAACGAAACAUAAAAUCCUCAUUAUUCAUUCCACAGCUAAUAAAUACAUCAUAAAUUAUUAGGUAUUGCACAGUAAUCAAUAUACUUCAUGUCUGUUUUGAUCAUUGGCCAUGGUAGUGUCAUGUUCUAACCUUUAAACAAUGUUUUUAGUAGCCAGCAAGUUUUCCAUAGUAUUUUGCAAUCACUUAUAUGCUUGUAAAAUGGCAGCAUUUGUCAGGGGGUCAGUCUCCAAGGACAUGAUGCUUCACUGCUGCCUGUAUUUAAAGUCUUGUUGCUGGGCAGAAUUUCUCAACACAGGUUUCAUAGGAUGAUGUUUCAGCUCAUAGCAGAAGAGUAGAACGUUGGGUGCAGCGAAGUAUCAUUUGAAUGUAUGUCCGAAUUGUCCAUUGGGGCUUUCGCCUCUUCCAAGCAAAGGCGGUGCUCUAGUCUCAUUGCAAACUUUGAGAUGUGAGCUGAAAGCACCUACAUUUGUGCAAUAAUUUGGAGGCCUUCUGAAGUUAUGCAACACCAUAAAGUACAACCAUGCAAUGACUAAACAUGAAAUAAAUAUUUCUCUGUCGGGAAUUCUGGUCUUGACGAAUAGAAGCUGAACUGUGUUGCAAAUCUUAAAGCAAGCAAGAACACGUCUGACAUUUUAAAAACUUAAUUAUGAGUUGAUUUGCAAGUUUAAUACAUGCACAUUUUUCAUCAUUUAUCUCCACUUAUCCUUUAAAUAUAUCUAUGCACAGACCACUUGAAUUGGACCCCUUGUAUAUAAUGAGGAUUAAGUCAAACCUAGCAGAGAAUCUUUGAAUGCACUAGAGGGCGCUCUGUACUGUACAAACACACCGCAGGGACCUCACCUACCCCGUCCAACACUCUGAUCAUCAAGCACAACGUUUAAACAAGACUUUGGAAUUGAAACCAGGUAAACUCCACUACAUAACUCUCAAAAGCAAUAACAUUACUUGCGUAAAUAAGCUAGUCGCGCUACGUUUAGCCAACUAUUGUGUCGGGAGACAGUUGAGACAUGGCUGAAAUGGUUUCCAGGAUACUGCCUCAAUCCGAGGUGUGUUCAAUUACCAAAGCGCUAAAAUUUACAAGAACCGACUCUACAGUAACUACAAACUGCUUCUAAUUUUAAAAAGUUUUAUUAGCUGCAAAAAACUCAUAAUCUUACCAAAUAUAUUUGU